UAUGCCACGGGAGAGGGGUUUGACGCUGGAACUGUACGACACUUGCAACCGGGUGCCUAAAUUUAAGACCGCGCUUGCAAAUGUUGUUACCGUUGUCUGUUAUUAACCGGCACUAAACCUUUCGUUCGUGACGAUAUUGGAUGUAGCUCAGGAUGCUGCCACGUUGCUGAAACGGUUAGCACAGUGGACGUGCACGCGAGAUGUAGCCGGUUCUAUCUCGCAGCCCGUCAGCAGUACUCUUUAUGUGUGGAUCGGGGGGGUGUAAAGUUAUGGGGACUUGCCUCCCCUUCCAAAGGCGUUAUGACCAGCGUGGGAGAGUAAGGUGGCUCUAGAAUUCUGUCGAGUGGAGGAGGCCAUUUCGCCUCCAACGUGUUGCAGAGGAAUGACCACGAAGGCGAACGCACGAGAGAUGCGUAGCCCCGGAGCGGCGGAGCAAGCCAUGGCGAGCGCGGGCGUUUACGCAACCAUCCCGGCCACGCUCAAGGGCAGCCGCACGCCGUGGCCCGAGAAACUGAAGCUGGCCCGCGCCGCGUGGAGCUCCCUACGCUGCCUCCUGCCCAACAAGGAACAGCUGCUGCUGGACUGGGCGUGCAACUCGCUGUCGUCGUACUACUCGCGCAAGCUGCUGCUGGACCCCGGCGUCACGGCGCAGCUCUGGGCCUUCCUGGGAGAGGCGCUGGGCAGCGCCCGUGUGCGGGGCGAAGGCCGGCCCGUGUCUCUUCGAGCGCCCGUCGCGCAGAUGCUGGUGGAGCGGCUGUGCGAGCUGGCGGGGCUCCGGGCGGCGGAGGGCGCCGGUGCCGGCGUCGGCGGUGCGGAGCUGGAGACCCCGAGCGCAGCGACGCUCCUCGCGUGUUUCCACGACAUCCUGCGCACGCCGCCGCUCCGCACCAUCCUAGCCGCCAAGCUCGAGCUGCUGGCGCGGCUGCUACGGGCGCUGCUCACGAUGGCGUGCCGCUCCCUGCUCCCGGCGUCCAGGGAGGAGGGAGCGCGGGGAGGGGCAGCUCCCAUCUCCUCGUCCGACUCUCCGUCCGUCGCUUCGAUUCUCCAGGUGCUGUCGCAGACGCUGGCGCUGUACGCGGCCACGCAGAGGCAGCAGGUGAACGCGCAGCGCGUCUUCCGCCUGCUCACGGGGCAGCUGCUGGGCCCCGCCAUCGCGCUCCGCCACCUCCUGCUGUCGGAGGGCGGCAUCGCGGUGCUCGGGGCUGCCCAGCAACCGCUCCCCACCUUGCCUCGCGACCCCGCGGACGGGGAGGCCCACGCUGGCGCCCGGGCCCCGGUCGCCCGGGACAUCCGCUCCCGUCUGGAGGCCGCCGUGGCCGCGGCGCUCUUCCAUGCCGACCUGCUGCCCUCGUACCGCGACGAGCUGCUGCCCCCCCGGCCGGACGCCGCGGGCAGCAAGGAGCGGCACCGCAAGGCGCCCGGAAAAUCGUCGUCCGGGCUGGCACCGCUGCGGACGAUCCUGGACGUGGUGAGCUCGCCGGGCGUGCCGGGCUGGGACGGAGCCUCGGCGGGCGACGACGUCGAUCCCGUGCCGUGCGGAGCCGUCCCCUUGCUCUACCGCCAGCUGCUGGAGGCGUACGGUGGUUCGUCGGACUCGGCUGCCAUGCUGUGCUUCCGAGCGCUGCGCCGGAUGGUAGCGGCGCUCGGCGUGGAGCCGGAAGACGCCGCCGCCGCCGCCGCCGCUGCGGUGGCAGGGGAAGAGGAGGCGGAGGGGACGGGCGCCGCGUCGAACAUCGAAGCGUUGGGCUCGCGUCACACCCUGCUGGCGCUGGACCAGCUGCUGGGCGCCGUCGCCACGGCGGACGUCUACAACGUCGCCGUCGACCGCAUCCAGCACGGCGCGCUCCAGUUCGCGUUUUACGAGCGCCUGGCGGCGGCGCUGCUGGCGCGCCCGAGCCCGGCGCUGCCCGCGUGGCACCGCUGCCUGCGCUCGCUGCUGGGCCUCAACCACCUCAUUUUGGAGCCCCACCUGCAGGCGUUGGUGUCCGUCGCGUGGCUCGGGCCCGAGCCGCCAGAGCCGCGUGGACGCAAGGCCCGCGACGCCCUGCUGUGCACGCUGCUCGCCACCUACGCCAAGCUGCGCCAGCUCGCCAAGCCGCUGGGGGCCGCCUUCUCCUCGCUGUGCCGCGACGGCGGCGGCGGCGGCGACGGGAGCCCGCGCGGCUCCCCGUCGCGCCUGGUCGGCGCCGCUCUGGGGGACAAGCUGUCGGAGUGCCUCGCCGAGCUCCCCCGGGGCAGGCGGCCGACGUGUGGGAACUGGCGCUGGAGGCCGUCGGCUCCAGGCUGCCGCCCCCCGGCGCGCCGGCGCGGGGGGGGCCCCCGCUGGGCCCGGCCGCUGCCUUCGGUGGCGCUGCUCCUCCACGCCGUGCUCUUCCGGGCGCGCUCGCCGGACGCCGCGUGGCCGGCGCCGGCGGUGGCGCGGGCGACGCGGCUCAUGGAGGCGACGCUGCGCGAGGCGCUCGCUCCGCUGCUCCUGCUGUGCCACGCGGAGGGCGGCGCCGGGGGGGAGACGGCGCCCGCCCUCGAGGCCGCCCUGACGCUGGCGCACACGUGGGCCGAGCUCGACCUCUGCUUCCAACUCAACUGCCCCCGGUACCGGUCGCCCGGCAGGGACGCCGGCGCCGCCGGCGGUGCCGUCGCGGGGGGCGGCGCCGAAACCACGGACGACGCCGGCGGAGACGACGGCGGUUUUGCCGCCAACGCGUCGGUGGGCACGUACGACUUCCGCUGCCUGGCGCCCGCCGUGCCGGCGCGGGUUUGGCGUGGGCUCACCAGGCCUCUGCGACGAAGCGGCGGCGGCGGCGGCGCGAGCAGCCGUGCACGGUUCCUGCUGGCGACGCUGAGCGUGCAGAAGGUGCGCGUGCUGUCGCUGCGGCGCGCCGACACCGGUUCUCGCGGCUACGUCCGCAGCCUGCGGCGCGCGGCCCAUCUCGCCGUGCGGCUGACGCCGUGGGCGGACGGCGCGCGGCAGGCGCCGUGGGACGGGGAGACGGCCUCGGUGGACGAGGCGUCGCGCGCCGCCGCGCACUGGCACCUCGUGCUCGGCCACCUCCCGCUGCUGCUGCCCCACCUGGCGCCCGGCGACGUGCAGGCCGUCGCCGACGCCGUCACGGACGCCGCGCUCGCCUCGCCGGAAGAUGAGGGAGCGGGCGAUGCCGGGGGGGCGACGCCGCGGGCGCUGGCGUGGGCCCUGCUCCGCGGGCCGCUGCUGCCCGAGCUGGGCGCCGUGCAGGCCGCCGUGGUGACCGCGCUCGUGGCCCGAGCGGCCGAGGCCCUGGGCGCCGGCGACGACGCCGGGCGCGAGGGGGCGCCGCCGUCGUCGCUGCUGCCGGCCCUCGCACGCCGGGACCUGCCCUGGGCCGCGGAGGCGAGCGCGGCCGCGCGGAAGGCGGCCUACGUGAGGCCUCGCCGGGACGACGGAGAGGACGACGACGCGGAGGACGCGCCGCCGGCGCGCGCCGUCACCUGGGCGCUGCUGGACGAGGUGGCGCGGGGCAUGUUGGGCGGGGCGGCCGCCGGCGCGGCGCCGCCCCGGCUCCCGCCGGCUGGCCUGGCCGCGCUGGGGCGCGUGCUCGACGUGCUGGCGGCGCAGCGCCUGGACGCGGCGCCGCCGGGGACCGCCGCGCGCUGCUUCCUCGCGCUCUUCGCCGUCGUCUCGAGCUUGGCGCCCGCGGACGAGGCCUCGCUGCGCCUGCUCACCCGCUGCUGCCGCCUGCUGGCGGCGCUGCAGCGCGGGAGAGCGGGCGCGGCGGGGGCGCCCCGCGCCGCGAGUCCUGCCGAGACGCUGGAGGCGCUCGCGCGGCCGCUGCUGCGCGCUGGCGCGUGCGCCGCCUCCUGCGGAGCGGCGGCCGAGGCGGAGCACCGGCGCGCCGUGCGGGGGCUGUUCCGCGCCGCGCUGCUCGCCGUCGCCGCCCGGCCCCGCGGCCGCCGCGGCGGCCCGCUCGCCGUGCGGGCGUUCGCCGAGUUCCUGCUGGCGCAGGCCGACGGCGCCGGCCUGCGCCGCGCCGCGCCGGCGAGCGGCGAGCGGCGCCGGCGCCGCUCGCCGCCGGCGCCGUCCUCCGCGCUGCUGGAGAUGGCGACGGCGUUCUGCCAGGCGGCGCUGGCCGAUUCGGCGGCGGCGAGGCGCCGCUCGUACGCCGAGGAGCCGCGCCGGCCGCUCGACGCCGUGGCGGCCGCCGCGGCCGUCGUGGCGCGGCGCCUCCUCGACGCCGACGACUCCGCCGGCGUCGACGCCGCCGACGAGAAGCUGGAGCUGCUCGUGGUCCCGGCCGCCGUGCUGCUGGAGGCCGAGCUGCUGGCGCCGGGCGGCGCCGCGACGGAGGGGCUGCGGCACGGCGCGGUGUACGCGCGCGUGUCCGAGCGCGUCGUGCGCCGCCUCCGCUCGUACGAGGGCGGCGAGGACGCCCGGCGCCGCGUCGCCUCCCACGCCGGGUUCCUGCGGCUGCUGCUGCGGGGGGCUGCCGGGGAGCGGGGGGGGGGAGCGGCGGAGACGAUGGCGCCGGCGCUCUUCUCGGCGCUCGCUGACCUGCUGGCCGCCCCCGGCGUGACGCGGGAGGAGUUCUCGGCGCUGCGGCCCCAGCUGUCGGCGCUGGGCGCUCCGCUGGCGGCGGCGUGCGGUGCAGAGCGGCUCCGGGCGCUCCUGCUCGAGCUCCUCGGCGCGCUCUCCGCUCAGCGGCUGCAGGGCGCCCGCACGCGGGAGGCCGUCUCCGCGCUGCGUCUCUGCCAGCUGCUCGCGCUCGCCGACCUCGAGGGGGGGCCCUGCGACGCCUUCUGGGGGGCCGCCCCCCGCUUCCUCUCCGCCAUCGUGACGGUGACGCGGGAGGCUCCGCGCUGGCUGGCGGGCGACGCCCACGCUCCGGUGCUCGCCGCGCUCGACUGCGCCGCGACGCUGCUCGCGCGCGGGGGCAACUGGGACGUCGCGGCGACGACGACGGUGACGACGACGGUGAUGACGACGGUGAUGACGACGGCGGAGGAGGAGGAGGAGGAGGAGACGCCGACCGAGAGCGGCCUCCCCCCGCGGCCCGUGGGCCCCCACGGGCCGGCCGCCCUGGCCAUGCAGGCCGUGCUGGCGGCGCCGCUGGAGCGGCUGUCGCCCGCGCGCCACCACGAGAUGUUCCACGCCUGCCACGAGCUGCUCUUCGCCAUCAUGCAGAUGCACCCGCAGGUGAUGCUGAGAGCAGUGCCCGCCUUCCUGGGCUGCUUCCACAAACUCCUGCGCUCCGCCAUGCACGAGGGACGGCUCCGGGGAGACGGCGACAAGGGCACGGGUGGCGGCGAAGCGGCUGAGCUGGCGGUGAGCUGCGCCCAAACGGCCGAGCGCUUGUACGUGCAGGUCGCAGCACGCGUCCAGGAGUUCCCGGCUCUGGCGGGGUUCAUGGCAGCGCAGUUUGUGCAGGAGCUGCAGAAGGUGAGCCUGCGCGCGGAUGUGCGGCGCCCGCUGGCGGAGGGCGCCUACGCCGUGCUGGACCUGUGCCGUGAGCAGGACGCGCGCGUGGUGGCGGCCACGCUGCCCUCGCACGGCCUGCGCGAGCUCUUCCGCCAGCUGCAGGCCGACCACCACAAGCACCACAAGUACCUGUCGCCGCGGGCCCUUGCCCUCGAGCCCGACGAAGAAUGAGCGGGGCCGAGAGGCCGAGGAGAGGGAGAGGCGAGCUGGCGAACGCGUGUCCGGCCGCUGCGCACCGCUUUGUACGUUGCGCGUGCGUGUGCUUGGCCAGCCGUGCUAAUCGGAGGUGCGGGAACGUGUCCGGCCGUUCCGAGGUGCGACAGUGCGAAUACAACGCGCGCGUGCACGCCACACUUUGUACACCGUAUGUAGCCAAGCGUGCUAAUCGGAGGUGCGGGGAAGGGACGACAAACUAAACACAAAAGUCAAAGUGUAAAAGUGUGCAAAGCGUUGCACCGUGGCGGCUCCCACGGUGGCUUGAGAGAAACAUCCGCUCGUCUUGCCGACCCGCCCCCCCCCCCCCGCAGCCUUGUGAGAACAAAACACAACAACGCCGAGGCGUGGAUCGACCUGGUAACUCUGUGGAGAUUUAACUUUGUGAACGUGGGGGGAAAUUAUUAUUAUUAUUUUUUUAAACGUGGCCACAUCUCGAGCAGGGCCAACGGCCCGCGGGGUCGUCGCACCACGCUGGGGGCCUUCCCGAGCCACCGAGCCGCAACCAAAACCGCGACACGGUGGCCCCACCACACAUUUAAAUUUCGUUCUGGUGGGCGGGGGGGGGAGGGGGUCAAGCAGGGCGAGGGGCGUGGUGGCUAGGGACGCGCACAUCGCCUGUGCGGCGGAAGAGCGACGGUGUCGCCCGGCUCGCGAGAGCGUAAGAGGGAGGCGGACUGUGCCACGCUACGGAGAGUCGAGGAGGAGGAGGAACGUUUGUGUGUCGCGCCGGUUGAGUGGCGUGUGUGUGUGUGUUCGGUGCGUUGGAGGGUUCAAAUAAUAAACGUCUCGAUUCCGC